AUGGCUGACAGAAUUGCUCCGGAAUCAUUCAUGUGUGAUACAGCUGCUUUGAUGAUACUGAAGGAGAGUUGCGUGUUAUUUUUUCAGAAAACAAGGGACCCCACUUUGAAAUACAGAAUGGAACGAACUCCUUUUCUUGAGGAGCAGGUGAGGAAACUAAGGGAAGACGGAAAGGAUGUGCACUUGGACCUGGAGAGGCUAUUGCUGUCAGAGGAAAACAAGUUUGAUUUUGUGAAUGAGAUCAUAGCUGAGGGCAAUAGGUGCAUUGAGAACAAUCCAGAUGAGUACGUUGGAAAGAAGGCUGUCCUGCAUGCGCUGAGUAACCGUCUCAACGAUGCCGGGAUUUAUCGUCCCGAGGCAUACUAUGAACCAGACCCUUACAGACCGCCUGGAUUUAUUCGGGAUGACUUGAAAAGGAUGGAAAAAAUUUCCCAAGGACGCCGCUAA